CAGGAGCCUUUGGGAUAGUUGUUCCAGUGUUGAAGCUAGAUGUUUGAGGAUCUUUAUCCUUGUGCAAGAGUGCAAGGCAGGUGCUACUUUAUCAUCAUAUCAUCCUGCUACUUUCUAGCAUCGUGACUGCGAGCAACUGAAUGUGUCUGAGUCCCAACUCCCUCAUUUGUCUGUUGGGAAAACAAUGUCUUCCUCUUUGGCUUAUUGGAGAACUGAAUGAGUUUCAGGAUGGAUUCUCUUGUUGCAGCCAACACCAAAUUUUGCUUUGAUCUUUUCCAAGAGAUAAGCAAAGAUGAUCAUCAUAAAAACAUCUUCUUUUGUCCCCUGAGCCUCUCAGCUGCCCUUGGCAUGGUCCGCCUGGGGGCCAGAAGUGACAGUGCAGAGCAGAUCGAUCAGGUCCUCCACUUCAGUGAAUUUUCCCAGAACGAAAGUAAAGAACCUGAUCCCUGUCUGAAAAGCAAAAAACAGGAAGUGCUGGCUGACAGCUCUCUGGAAGCGCAGGAAGAAAUAAAGGGGUCUCUGCAGGAGGAGUCUUCCAGUGAUGAGAGUGGACUGCUCAGUUGCUACUUCGGGCACCUUCUCUCCAAGAUAGACAGGAUCAGAGUUGAUUACACCCUAAGUAUUGCCAACAGGCUUUAUGGGGAGCAGGGAUUCCCCAUCUGUCCGGAAUACUUAGAUGGUGUGAUUCAAUUUUACCACACGACCAUUGAAAGUAUUGAUUUCCGAAAAGAAACCGAGAAGUCCAGACAACAGAUUAACUUUUGGGUUGAAUCUCAGUCCCAAGGUAAAAUCAAGGAACUUUUUGACAAGGAUGCUAUUGACAGCACAACCGUGCUCGUGCUGGUGAAUGCUGUUUACUUCAAGGCCAAAUGGGAAAAAUAUUUUGACUCUAAAAACACAGUUGAUGCACCUUUCUCUCUAAACGAGAAUGAAAAGAAGACUGUGAAGAUGAUGCACCAGAAAGGCCUAUUUAGAAUCGGCUUCAUAGAGGAGCUGAAGGCACAGAUCCUCGAAAUGAGGUACAUCAAGGGGGCACUCAGCAUGUUCGUCCUGCUGCCUCCUUACUCUGCAGAUAACGUGAAGGGCCUGGAAGAGCUUGAAAAGAACAUCACUCAUGAAAAAAUAGUGGCCUGGAGCAGCUCAGAGAAUAUGUCAGAAGAAACAGUAGAGGUUUCCUUCCCGCAGUUCACCCUGGAAGACAGCUACGAUCUCAAUUCUAUUCUACAGGACAUGGGCAUCACGGAUGUCUUUGAGGAAGGGAAGGCUGAUCUUACUGGAAUCUCUCCAAGUCCCAAUUUGUACCUGUCAAAAGUUGUCCAUAAAACCUUUGUGGAAGUGGAUGAAGAUGGCACCCAGGCAGUUGCUGCCAGCGGGGCUGUUGGCAUGGAAAGGUCCUUAUCUUCCGGGGUGACAUUUACUGUUGAUCAUCCCUUCCUCUUUUUCAUCAGACACAACAAAACCAAAACCAUUCUCUUCUAUGGCAGGGUCUGCUCUCCUUGAAAGGAGCACAGUGUCUAGUACUUGGGAGCUGGAAGAAAGUGGUGGUAUGGUCCCCCCCUGGCAUAACAUGGGCAUUUGUGUUCUCAUUGAUAUCCAAAGCUGACCAAAUUUUAUCACAGCUCUAUGCCUCCUUCCUCCAGACACUGGCCCGUGCUUGUCCUGAUCCUUCUCUCACCCUGCAGCUGACUUUCAUCUAUGUCCAUUAGUAUCGAAGACUCUGGCCCCUCCUUAACCUUUCCCUUUCACCGCACUGAGCACUCAAGCAUAUCAUUUCCCCUCUGUGACCUACAGGUCAAUGUUAUCAAGAAUGUGACUGAUGUUAAGUUCCCUACCUCCUUAUGAAGGAAUCCUGAAAGUUCAUUAGACCACUUCUAGGAGAGGAUAAACUCAGAAGCCACUUUAACAUGGGCAGCAGGAGGAAAUGUUUAAAUGGAAUGUGUCUUAGAAACUCAGCUCUGUUUCUACUAUAGUUAAAACCAUGGCCCAUUGCUGGGCAAGAUGUCCUGCCUCUUCCUCAUAGAAGAUGCCCCGUAAGGUGCUUCUCCUCCGGGAGAAAGUAAGAGGAUUUAUUACUGAAGAGGAUUUAAGUGGAAUACAAGGACAGAAGCCUGCCCCGACCAGCACUCAUUCUGCACAGAACAGGAUACGUUUUGUGAAUCUGACAUUGACCCAGGAGAGCGGCAAUGGAUUUAAAAAUUAGUUUCAGCUUUCCUUAUUGAGUCUCCUAGGCCAUCAUCAUGAAGCACGAUCCACUGUGUCUCCUUCACCCCCUUCCUCAGAGAAUUCUCCUCAGUAGUUACCCCUAGAUACCCAGCAUGUUAGGUAGGACAGGGGAGUGCUGCCUUCACCUCAGGCUGCUGGUCUCCCUGGCCCCCUCUGUCAGGAGUCUGGCCAUGUGGACCUAUUUCCUCCUGGAGGCCUCAUGCCUGGUCACAUUCUGAGAAUAGGCCUGGGUCUGGGCAUGAUGCAUGUGGAAACUUCUGUCAGGAAGGCCUUGGCUUCAUAUCAAGCUCUAGUCUACUGAAAGCCUGAUGCCCGAGUGUUCAAGACUCCAGGACCUGGGACCUUCGUUCUCUGAUAUGUCUGUCUGAAUUCUUGAUUUCUGCCUUAGCUGAAUGCUCUGUAAUGCCUACUAACAAUGCCUAACUCCAGGACGUUGCCAGUCAUUCUGUCAAGGUGAAUUCCUGGUCUUGGUCAUGGUUCUGUUUUCUUGUCCCACCCUAUGAGCAUCAUCCUCCUAGUUGUCGGUUAAGUGUGGCUGUGGCAGUUUUUGGAGGAGGAGGUACGUUAAGUUCAGCGCUGUCAUGCCGCCUCCCCUCCAGCCCCCUUUUCCUCUACAUUAAUAAUUGCUUUGUGCUGUGAGGGACAAGUUCCAUAUUCCCCAUAUAGGCUUCUCAUCGUCAAGGUUGUUUGUGAGUAUAGAAAAAAUUCUCAUUGAUAAUGUAAGGCAGCUUGAGGUGGCUCUUCCAAGUCCUUGCCACAGAAUGCAUGUUCCAUGGUCAAAUAUAUGUCAGGUAAUCAAAUAUAUAGUCUCUUCUGUGUUUCCUUUUUGGGGUUGAUGUUUUGAAGAUUCUGUGCCUGGCCUGUCAUCACUAUUGGAUACUGAGCUGGAAAACUAUGACCUAUGUGGCAUUGUCUGGCCUUGCUUAUGUUCUUAUUCUUUUCCUUGAUAAGCACAUCUUUCAUUUGUAUUGGUAUCUCUCAGAAUUUUAAUCAUAAAAGGAAAAAUGUAUCUAUUUACAAAAAUGAGAAUGAGAUUCUUAAGUCUUUCUGUGAAUCAGUGAGCAGACUCUUUACUAAUCUUCCAUUGAUUAAAAUGUUUUUUCUUAGUAAAUAAAGCACUUUUGUAGUUAGUUAUAAUGUGUAUACUAUUUUAUGUGCCAACUAUUUUAGUUACCUAAGCCUGACUUUAAAUACUUUCAUCCAAAAAUAUAGAAAUACAUAAUCUAUAAAGCUAACCAUUCAUCUCAAUGAUGUCAGAAAGAUAUCUCUUGUGCCAGAAAAUCAUUUCCAACUUUCCACCAGAAUUACAUGUGAAGGCAUAUACAAAAGAUGAAAGUUUGCUAUGAUUCUAAAACCUAGGAGUGAUUGCCAAUGUAGCAUCACAUUUGGAAGACAUUUCUGCUGACUACAAGUUAAGAGCUGGACGGCAAGUCUAGUCAAGGGGUUCCCGGUACUGUGUCACUCUGUGUCAGUCUGCUUUGUGCCCUACCAUUACUGCCUCCUCCAGGGUUAAGACACACAAGAGCUCUGUCAGUUUAAAUUCCAGACAUCCACUUCUCUCCUUUGUCCUUGCUGAGGUCUUCUAGCCUCUGUCUUUCUUGUCAUUUUCUUUCUUCCUGCAGCCACUUGAAGACUGAAUGAAACUCCCUCAAUACAAUGCACAGGAAAGUGAAGAGAGGUAUUGGCACUUUCUACCCUGAGUAGUCUAGCCUUCACAAUCGAGUAUUUUUGGUGGGACAAGGACAGAAAGAACCCUGGUGGUAAUGUUGUUGGAUUCGUGUAUUUCAUUUAAUCCUUCCAUUUGGAGUGUCAGAGAGACUACAUGGAGAGGAAAGCAUUCUAACUUGGUCCAAUGGAACUACAAUAGAUGGAAGCCUAUGAGAAACUGGGGAUCAUGCUCAAAUCUAGGAGUUCUUGACUCUCAUUCUUGCGCCAGUGAGAUUGACCCUUUAAUAUAGCAGCCCAAGACACAGAGAGCAUGCAAAUCCGUGUUCUAUAAGUGCUAGAAAACCAACCUGAGUGUGCAAAUCUGGGGAGUGAGCUCCUCUGUUUCUAGUUGAAGAUUCCUUCUGCUUAGCAACAUUGACAGGUGGGACAAAUGAGGCAAUGUAGAUUCCUAAACAACUGAUUCAUGUACUCUAACUACAAACAUUCUGAGAAGAGAACCAGGAAUGUGUUAUACCCAACAGGCCCUCUAGUACUCUUCAGUUCACAGGCUCUGUACAUUCUGUUUUAUUUCAACCUGGGCCCUCCUUAUGAUUUCAUACAUUAUCUAAAGCAUCUUCACCCCUCAAGCUCCUCCCCCGUUUUUCUUAAUGCAGAAGCAAGCCUGAGCAUACAUUGCUUCAUCCCUGAUUGCUAUUUACUUCUUUUGCAUGUGUGGAUUUUUUUUUUUAAACUACAGUGUCAUUAACUUUAGGUGGAGGCCCUAUGAUUGGGAUGAUGGGUGCCAUGUGGUGUGUCAGUGGGUUUCUUUGCUCCAUAAUUGAAGGCCAAUGUCAAAUGUGUUCUUCAUCCA